AUGCCGUUUGUUCAAAGUGAUGAUCAUCACCAAAGUGUUGGAUUCGACGGCGGUGAUUUGAGUAUCCAGGGAAUGCAACAAGGGGUUGGGAUAGAGGAUAAUGCCCCUCAAGAACAACAACAACAACAAGAAGAAGAAGAUCAAUUGCCAUUGCCAUUGCAAGUAGUGGGGCCUAUUGAUCCUAAUAAUCAUGAUCCUUGUGCUUUUUGUCUUGUGCUUAGAAUAAUUAGGUUUACAAAUGGCACUUAUACUACCAGGCUUGACAUCCAUGGGAAUGUGGGUUCUAUAUAUCAUGCUUUUUACUUCAAUGACGGGGUACCACUUUCUGGUGAUCACAUGGGAAAUAAUCAAUUUCUUGAUUUUAGCACGCGUUCCUUCGAGGACAUAAGAGAGUAUCUGAAAGGCUACAUUGGCAAUCAUAGACAAAAUGGAUACAUAUUGUUGCAAGAACCUAUUUCAUUGUUUUAUGAAGCCCUAAGCGUCGGCUUUGAUUGGAUUAAUUUUGGAGUUGGCGGAUCGUUCGUAGGAGGAGAGUCUUCUAACCCUUCAGGAAUGGAGAUGAAUGAUUCAGAAGAAGAUAAUCAACCAUUGCCAUUAAUAUACAGCAGGACUGAGCUUUCAAUCCAGAGAGAACGUGUGAAGAAUAUGACACUUCAAGAUUUUGCCAUAUACUUUGAUAGGACUAUAAAUGAUGCAAGUGUGGAAUUACGCUUAUGUGCCACUGUUAUUAAAAAGAAACUUCGUUCUUUCGAGAUUGAUCGAUGGCCUUAUAGAAAGGUGAAAAGCUUACAAGGAAAGCUAACCAAUUUAAUAGGAAGAACAGGGGGUGAAUACAAUAGAUUAAUAAAAAUGGGCCCUGAACGAGUUGAGACUGAGAUUCAAAAGCUUCAGCAACGAAUAUCUGAUAUUCUUAGUGGGAGAAGGAAGCCUUAG